AUGCAGGAAACACCUGGAUUCCAGGUCUAUCUCUGCCACCCGCAAGCUACUCUGGCCCUGGCGGGCGGGGUAUGCGCCAUCACCAUGGCCCGGCUGCGCUCGUGGCUAGGUGAGGUCCAGUGGCUCGUCUUGGUGUCGCUCUUCGUCGCGGCCCUGGUCACGGUGGGCCUGUACCUGGCUCAGUGGGCGCUGGCUAGGGCGCGACCCCGGCCCCGGCGGCGGACGGCGGAGCCCGGCGAGGGACAGCGCCCCGAAUCGGACGCGCUGCUCUCCUGGAUCCUGACGCUGAGCAGCUGGAGGAGCCAGUGGCAGGCGGCCUGGGUGACCGCCCUGAACCACGAGGCCGAAAGGAAAGGGGGCCCACUGCUCCUGUCCUUUGAGGAGGAUGUGCAGCAACAGCCCCUGGAGCUGGCAGUGCAGGACGUCUCCAGUGUGAUCAGGUCGGCCCAGGAGAAGGUGGUGGUCUGUCGCGUGGUGGGCCAGACCAUUCAGUUUGUGGUCAGCACAGAACCCGCCCCGGCCGCGGGCACAGGACGCCAGCUGUAUGACGUGCAGCUGUCCCCACUUCAUUUACAGCUGGAGCUACACAUGAAAGAAAAGAGAGAGGACAUCCAGAUUAGGUGGUCCUUCAUCAGCGUGCCUGAAAUGGCCAUUGAGAUCCAGCCCAAGGCCCUGGAGGAGGACCAGGUGGUCGAGACAAAUGCCAUAUCUGAAGCCCUUAAGGACAUUCUGAAGCAUCUGGUCGUUUCUGCCUCUCCCUCAGUGGUCCUGAGCACCAAGCCCACGGAUGCGAAGGAAGUCCAGAAUCUACAGUAUACUUCACCUACUGCUCAGGAAUCCUGCCCUCCUAAACCUCCAAGGGCUCAUGAACUAAAAUUACUGGUGAAGAACAUCCGAGCCUCGCUGCUGAGUGAUCCUGGUGCUUCAGGCAACAUUAACCCAGUGUGUACAGCUCAGCUGAAUGAUCCUGUUCAGAGGUUCUCCAGCACCCUAGCAAAAAACACUACUGACCUCACAUGGGAAGAAGAAUUCACCUUUGAGCUGAAUGCCAAGUCGAAGGAGUUAUACCUGCAGAUUUCAGAGGCUGGGCGAUCCUCAGAAGGUCUGUUGGCAAUGACGACGGUCCCUUUAGAUUUAUUUAAGAAGCAGCCUUCUGGACCACAGAGCUUCACGCUGACCAGUGGGUCCUCCUCCAGCAGCUCGGUGCUGGGUUCUGUCACUGCAGAGUUUUCUUACAUAGAACCUGGUGAAUUGAAGUCCUGGCAAGUCCCUCUCCCUGUUCCUGCGACGAAGAUAGAAAAGGACCGCACAGUGAUGCCUUGUGGGACCGUGGUCACGACUGUCACUGCUGUGAAGACCAAGCCUCGCUUUGACCUGGGGAGGGCAUCCCCACUGAGCUCCGAGUCCCCUGUGAAGACGCCCGUCAAGGUGAAGGUGAUUGAGAAGGACAUCUCUGUCCAGGCCAUCGCGUGCCACAGCGCCCCUGUCAGCAAAACGUUCUCCUCUUCAGACACAGAAUUGUUGGUGUUGAAUGGUUCGGAUCCAGUGGCUGAAGUGGCCAUUCGGCAGCUCAGUGAAUCUUCAAAGCUGAAACUCAAGUCGCCGCGGAAGAAAAGCACUCUCAUCAUAUCAGGGAUCUCAAAGACCUCGCUCUCUCAGGACCACGAUGCUGCCCUGAUGCUGGACUACGCGGCUUCCAUGGACAGCACCCGCCAGAAGGAUGCCCCGUCCUCGACAGAGGUGGCUGCAGCCUCUGCCCUGCCUGAGCCAGACGAGCCGGCCCAUGCCCCGGCUGCUCUCGAGCUCCAGGAGAAUGAACUAGACUCCUGGGACUUGGAAAGGGAGUCCCAGGCUGCUGCAUGGAGUGGCCCGGCCCUACUGGACGCUGAUGGGGACGAGCUGUCUGAGAGCUCCCUGAGUGUCUCGGAGCCAGGUGCUGCCAAAAAGCAUAAAGGAGGAAUUUUAAGGAAAGGCGCAAAGCUGUUCUUCCGCCGGCGGCAUCAACAGAAAGAACCAGGCAUGAGCCAGUCACACAAUGACCUCGUGUUCCUGCAGCAGCCAGAGGGGGCCCGGAGGAAGGGGACGACCCUCAGCAGGAUCCUGAACAGGAAGCUGCUGUCCAGGCACAGAAGCAAGAACACCGUGAACGGCGCUCCUGUGGAGCACUGCACGUAGGGCCGAGGCCAGAAGACAUGGGCCCUCGUGACCACCAGGACACAGCCAGAGUGCCGGCCAGCUGUCAGAUGGCCCCGCUUUUCUAGCUUGUUUUUUUCCCCAACAGUCUAGUCUUUAAGAGGGAAAAAAAAAUCUUGAGUCUCCAGCUAGGAGGCUUCCCCAAGAGGACUGACAAAGCCCAAUUUGCCACCAGAUGCCAAAGGAGACCUGGUAACCCCACAGCUUAGGCUGUGCUCAGUCUAAGGGUUGAGGUUAAAUAUUAGAAGGAGGUUUACAUUGUGCAUGAAGUAAUAUACUCUAAUGGACUGUGGAGGAGCAGGCUUGGGGAGUCAGUUUUACCCAUUUUAUACUCUAACAAGUAUUGUUUGGGGUCCAUGCCUGGACCAUGUUCCAAAGAGGAGGGGCCCUUCUGUACUGUCUCUGUGAAAGGAAGGGAUGGGUCACCUCUCCUAAUCUGCUGCUUCAAAUUAAAAAGUGCGCCUGGCCCUGAGUACAGGGAGGUGGGACAUAGGCAGGAUUUUUUGAUAGAGAAACUAUGACAGGAAUGGAAAUGCCCUGACAAAUAUAAGACAACGCUGCCUUUGAUAUUAGCCAUAGAACGUGACAUCUUAUGCAAUACUAAAUAUGUCCUAUGUACAUUACACUGAACACUUUUCUAAGUUUACUUUGAUCCUACUUGCCAGUGGGAGAUAUAUGAAUUCUUAUGAGAUUUUCACAUUUUUCUCUGUCAUGUCAGAAGCUCUACUAAUACUGGUGGUGCAGUUGACGAUGCAGAUAUUUUUUUCCUGUCUGGCAAGCCUGUCAAAUGAAGUUAGAAGCAAUAGUGACAGCUACUAGAACAUGGUCACUGCACACAAACAGGGUUUUUGCCAAAUAUUGCCAAUAGCCAAAACAAAGUACUCUGAGGGCAAUAGAGGAGGUUAUUUUGUGUCUCAGUUGUCAGUCUUAGGAAUGGAAGUUUGAUGACAAAUGGGCCAAACUUGCAUGAAAUUCCUUUGAUGAGCUCUGCAGAAUUCUGCUGGGAACAGUGCUCCUGGACACGUUUCGGGGUGCCCUUGUUCUGCUUUCUAGUGGAAAAGGUGAUAAACUCGGCACAGGACUUAUUGAUAUCUGUAUGCAUCUUUCAAACCACUUUCCUCAUCAGAAUGACUGUCUGCUUCUGUUCAUUCACAUUCUCACACUGGUCCACCCCUUUAGAACGUACCACUUCCAGUAGACAUGCUUAUUAAAGAGUGAGUGUCACUGGAGUGAAAUGUUUUGACAGUUUAAUAAGAUUCAUUUUCAUCCCAAUAGGACUUUAAAUGAUGGUAUGAAAACCUGACUUCUGUCACGGAUAUGAAAUGGGUGAGUUCCUUCCUGCCGGCUCUUUUGUUAAUCCUGAAACAUUAAAUAUUUCAGAGAAUAGAGCCAUUGAUGAAUAAAAAGCUUUAUAGAAACCAAAAUUAUAGAUUUUUUUUCCUUUUGACGGAGAAAUUCAAAAACUAUAUUAGGAAUUUCACUUUUUCUUUUUUUUUUUUUUUAAAUAAAGAUGACCGGUAAGAGGAUCUUAACCCUUGACUUGGUGUUG